AUGAGUAACGAUAAAGGCAAAGUGUAUUGGGAUGUAAGCACUACUGGUGUUUUUCUCAAAAUAUGGAGAGGAUAUGAGAAGAAACAGCUAAAAAAUAGAUUGGAUAACUUGAGGAAAGAGUGGAAGCUAUUUGAGCAGCUAAUUGGUAAGGAGACCAGCAUAGGGUGGGACCCUGAAAGGAACACAGUGGUUGCAUUUGAUGAGUGGUGGGAGAGAAAGAAGCGGGAAAAUCCAGCAUACGAAAAGUUUAAGCAGCAUGGGUUAAAAUUCCGGACUGAAUUAGAAACUCUAUUCAGGGGCACUAUGGCAUCAGGACAAGAUAUGUGGUCACCUUCUUCAACCCAGCCUGAGCCACAGCCUGAGCCACAGAGGACUGAUCAGUCAAAUGAUUACCGACCAACAAUGGAUUGGGAAGAAGAUUCAGGGGACAGUGAAGAUGGCCUUUUAGGUGUUGACACUGAACGCCCUGCAGGAGUUUCGGAUGAUUUGGACGGCAUCAAUUUAACUGCAAACACAUCAAACACUACACCCAGUGUACCUAUUGGUUCAGGGAGCCAAGGGAAGAGGAAGAGAGGUGGAGGGUUGGAUAAGUAUAAGAAACAAAAAAUGUCAGCGACAAAAAGAAUAGCAGAUUCAGUAAGCUCAAUUGAGAAGGCUUCAAUUAGUACAGCAGCGGCAGUAAACAAAUUGGCCAACAGUGACAACACUACCGAGCUGACCACUGAUCUGCUGAGUAUGAAGGAAAUUGUCAGUGACACUCAUCUUUGUGUCAUGUGUUGUAAUCUGCUGGCAAACAAGACUUUCAGGGACAUAUAUGCUAGUCUAAGAGAAAAUUAG